AUGGUGCGGGAGAGCCCCAGGGCCAAGGGCGCGUCCUCCAGUCCCCCGCAUGCAGAGCCUCAGCUGACCGCCGCAGCUUCCAGCAAUCCCCCCAACUGGCCGCCCAAGUCCCCCCACGAGGCCCUGCUGAGCUCGCCGUCCGGCCGCAAGCGCUACGAACAGCGCCGCGCCCGCAAGUCUGCGUCGCCCUCGCCCGCAAAGCGCCGCCCGCUGUCGCUGCAGCACCAAGUCCCGCAUGGCGACGGCGACACGACCGAGGACGAGGACGAGGAGACGCUGCAGCUGAAGCUGCAGGCUAUCGAGGCCCGCCUGAAGCUCAAGCAGCUGCAGAAGGCACGCCGCGCCGACCCCGAAACCCGCGCCAUCCCCUCGCGGCCAGGCACCGCAGCCGGCCUGCGCAGAGCUGACCUGCCGCAACCCGGCAGCGGCGUGCAGGUGCCUGUGUCGCCCACUCGCGCUCGGCGCAAUGCAGACGAGCCGCGCAGUCCUGCACGCGUUCUGCUGGGCAUCGACAAGGGCCUCCGGGCGUCUGAAGUCAGCCUCAAGCGCCCCGGCCCGCCCCGAACGAACGGCCUCGUGCGCUCCAACACCACUGGCUCGCUGGGCACGCCCCGGAUCAAGUCGUUCAGCGAGCGCAUCGCCGAGAGCAGGAGCAAGGAGAAGCAGCGCGAGGCGAACGAGCACGCGCACGAGGAGCGAAGAGCCCGCGGAUUCGGCCACGCCAACGUCGCGGGCCUCAAGCGCGAACGGCCCCCGUCGUCACGAGGCUCCUCGUUCACCUCGGACGCUGGCGCUCGCAGCUCCUCGACCGACACGCCGCAGAUUCGCAGCUCCUUCACAGGCAUGCCACCGCCCGGAAUGGCGCAGCGCAACGACAGCUUCGACGGGCCCAGUUUUGAGUCUCUGUCCGGCCUGCACUUGAAGUCACGGGAGAUGCAACACAGUGUCGUCACGCGCACCCUAGAAGGCAAGACCGUCUUCACAAUACCGCAGCUUCUCAAGACCGUCAAAGCGCCCGACUAUGACCCGCCCGACUGGGAGAACGACUAUGUCGUCAUGGGCGUGAUAUGUUCAAAGUCUACGCCACGCGACACUCAGAACUCGGCGAGAGAGAAUUCACGCGGCACCCAGGAGCGCAAAGAGCACGGCAAGUUCAUGGUCAUACGGCUGACGGACAUGAAAUGGGAGCUCGACCUGUUCCUGUUCGACAGCGGCUAUGAACAUUUCUGGAAGCUACCAAUCGGCACCCUAGUCGCUAUCCUGAAUCCAGAUAUCAUGCCACCAAAAGAUCGCAACAGCGCCAAGUUUUCACUCAAACUCACAAACUCUGACGAUACCGUGCUCGAGAUUGGCGUCGCGAGAGAUCUGGACUUUUGUCACGCAAAGAAGCAAGACGGCAAGGAGUGCGGGCAAUGGGUCGACGGCCGAAAGACUGAGUUCUGCGACUUCCAUCUCUCCUUGCAGGUCGAGAAGAGCAAGAGAGGUCGCAUGGAGAUCAACGGCAUGGUUGGCACCGGCGGUGGAGGUGGCAUGUUUGGACGCAAAGCCCCAAACGGUUUCAAAGGCGACCAGCUGCGCAAAGAAGGCAAAUUCCACGACAGCUAUCUGCACGAGACCAUGUUCAUCGCACCGAGGCCCGGAGGUGCCGCGCGCAUGCUCGACAGAGACGAGCACGGCUUCGAGCGCGGUGGCAGUCGGGAGGAGCGGCACCGCAGACAACUUGCCGCGAAGGAGAAGGAGCGAGACCUGGCCAAGAAGCUGGGCGAGAUGGGCGAAGGCACCACAGGAGGCGACUACCUCAGGAGGAAAGCCAACCCCUCCGCCAAUCUCUCUACUACAACAUCGCAAGAGCUGGCCAACGCAAGGCAGGACAAGGCUGCCGAGAUCGACUUCCGCGGACUCCUCAACCGAAAGGCAGCCGACGUCUCGUUGAACCGAAAAGCGAGCGGCUCCCUCAUACCGUCAAAACGAAAACACUCCAACGCAAGCAAGGCGACUGCCAACAGCGCCAGCGAACCUGUCGGAUGGGGCGGUGCACACAAGCGCAGUCUCCUCCUGUCACCGCAGAAAGCUCGACCGCUCUCGCCAACAAAGUUCCGCCCUGAUUCUGCCAUGCGCGGGACUAGAGCCGGCAGUCCGGCAAAGAAGAAAGCCCGUCUACUGCUCCCAGAGAAGGGCAUACGUGAGCCUGGCCGAGAAAGUCUCGGAGGCCUUGACAUCGGUCUCCUUGCGGCCAUGGACGUGGACGAUGACGAUGACGAUUUGGAGGUUGUGUAA